GUCGUAAUUUUAUUUUUUAUUGUUUUGUGUGUGUGUGUUUAAGGGAUCUCUUGAUCGGAUAACUCGAGCUUUUUCUUUAGUUGAAGAUUUCCUUGAAUGCCUGGUCCUCCCGUCUCUCUUUCCUAAGCCUUGGGAUUGAUUACAAGGGUGCAUCACCCAACACUUUCUGGUGCCAAGAAUCAACCCGGAUCCUGGACACACUAAGCCAGCAGCAGUCUGCCACAUUACCAGUCAGAACAGUAGCGCUAUUCCUGCCUCACAGGCGUUCACCAGUCAACAGUGUGCAGAGAACGGGUCUCUGUGCACCUCUGGACGCGGGGCAUCUUCUGUUGACCCUCUGAGGCAGGUGGCUGUUACUGCUGGGAUUAUUAUCAUGGCUGGCCUUCUUACCAUCCCAUAAUCAUGGGAACAGGCGCAGACAGAGACCAAGCACCCUCGUUCACUCAGCUAGCAGUUAUACUUGCCCGUUGAGGUUCUGGUGUUUAGCUUGUUGGGUAGACACGAUCCCACCUCCACACACUUUUCACGUGGUAUCUGUGCUGUUUUACGUGGGUUACCCGCCAUUUACAAGCAGGCAAGCGGUAGGAACUGCACAGGGCGGGUGACUGCAGACCUUCUCUUGAGCCCAAGACAAACGUUCAUGUAGUCCACUUCCCUUCUUUUCCCAGUUUACAAAUUAAAGUAAUUCUUCCCUGAGUUCCCCAGAGUUAGUCAUUUCCUGUCCCGAGUCCCACGGUGUUUUCCUCAGACUCUGUAUUUUGAGUGCAUACUGUUUUGUAAUUAAUUUGUUUAUAUGUCAUGUCUUUCCAUCCCCGACCCUUGCCUCCAACCCAGUUCUUCAAGAGCUGGAACCAGGUCUAAUCUAUUUUUGUCUGACACUAGCCCUGUGCUGGUGACAGUGGAUGAGUCAUGUUGCCCAAGAGGUGAAGGGACUUGCCCAGAGUGCAGGCUGAAGUAUAAGUGACUUUCAUAAUUUGCCACCCCAUACCUGGCACUCAAGUCUUGCCAGAUGCAUUUCAGAUGGCUUGAAGUUGUGUGUGCAUGCCGGCUGCCUCUCUGUGUGGGUGUGGGUGUAGGAGAGAGAGAGAGAGACAGAGAGAGAGAGAGAGAGAGAGAGAGAAAGAGAGAGAGAGAGAGGGAGGGAGAGAAUGUACAUGCCUUCCUGCGUAUAUGUGUAUGUAUGUAUAUCUGUAUGUGCAUGCCUACCUUUGUGUGUGUGUGUGUGCAUGCCUACAUGUAAAACCAGAGAAAGAUACGGAGUGUCCUGCUCUGUUGUUCUCUAUGUUAUUUUCUUGAAAUGGCGUCCAUCACUGAAUCUCCAGCUAUGUUAGUACUGUAAGCCCCAAGGAACCCCAUCUUUACUCCAUCCCACUGGGAUUACAGUCUUGUCUGACAUCAGACCCAGCGUUUUACAUGGGUGCUGGGAAAAUUGACUUUAGAUCUCUUCACUUACUCCAAGCAGUUUUACUCUCAGAAUCACCUCCCAGCCUCUGACUUGGACUCUUGCUGAGGAGUUGGGACACAGUUUUCUGACCACGGUGGUGGUGGUGGUGGUGGUGGUGGUGAUGAUGGUGGUAGUAGUGGUGGUAAUGAUGAUGGUAGUGGUGGUGGUGAUGAUGGUAGUGGUGGUGGUGGUGGUGAUGAUGAUGAUGGUGAUGAUGGUGGUGAUGAUGAUGGUGGUGGUGGUGGUGGUGAUGAUGAUGAUGGUGAUGAUGGUGGUGAUGAUGAUGGUGGUGGUGAUGAUGGUGGUAGUAGUGGUGGUGAUGAUGAUGGUAGUGGUGGUGGUGAUGAUGGUAGUGGUGGUGGUGAUGAUGAUGGUGGUGGUGAUAAUGAUGGUGGUAGUGGUGGUGGUGAUGAUGGUAGUGGUGGUGAUGAUGGUGGUGGUGAUGCUGCACCGUUACUCCCCAUCCUGUGUAUCAGUUAAGGCUCAAAUGAAAUGAUAUCAUUUGUGGAAGUAUUGAAACUAGGAAGCCCCUGUAGUAUUAAGAGUGUAUAUUACUGUUAUUCUAGUCUGUUAUUUCAGUGUGACUUUAUUACUCUGUGAAGUAGGUGACCUCACUGCCAUUUCACAGAGGAGAGAACUGAGGUACAGUGAGAUUGAGAGCCUCAGCUGUAACCCUGGGUAGCAGCAAGAAGCUUGGAAAUCAGGCUAGGCUUCAGUGUGUUCCAGGCUACUGCCGGAAGCCUGGCUCCUGAUGCCUCCAGAGUGAGCAGGAGGCAGACUGUAGGGGGAGGACGGGCAGCUUCAUGCUGGGGCCCUGAAGCUGCAGGAGUGACGGUGUGCAGUAAUUUUUGAUGUGACCAGCCACAUUGCAUCCAGCUCUGGCACCCUGUUGUGGGGUAGAAUAGGGCUAACCUCAGCAUUGCUUUUGUCUCAAUGGAGAGUUCCUCGGUGGCUCUCAGAGGAAAUGAAGGCUGCUCUGUCCAGCUGCUGCUUCCUGUUCCAUAAUUCUGAGACACUUUUUUUUUUCCUUCAAAGCAUCGAAUGCUUUAUUUUUAAACCAAUGGAAAAAUACUAUCAACCUGCUUCUUAGUAUUUCCUUAAAACCUGGCUGUGCUUCUUUGCAGUAUACAGGGGUGUGCGAGAGUCUGCCAUAUUGCUGCCUGGGACGGCAGGAGCCAGCUCAGUGUCUGCUUUUCCACAGCAGGAAUGAAAAGCAAUUAAGUCAGAUCUGAUGGGGCAGGAAGCUUGCUGAGGUUGGUCGAUGACAGCAUCCAGGGGAGGCCUGUAAUUGACGUCUGUGCCUCCCUGUCUCUCCAUGUGCUUGUGCAAACUCAGGCCUGCUUUUUCUUCUGCCGGUGAUUGUGACAUUAGCGAAUUCCCAACCUGAGUCACUUAAGCGGCACCGACUCCUCAUAUAGCACUGAGGACAGCAAGGAGCCUUGGGGCAGAGGUGAUAGUUGCAGCCUGGUAAAGGAUUGCUUGCGGAACCAGUGGCCCCGUAACUAAAAGCAACAGGAAUGUUUACCCUUGCGGAAGUUGCUUCACUUAAUGACAUUCAGCCAACUUACCGAAUCCUGAAGCCAUGGUGGGACGUGUUUAUGGAUUACCUGGCAGUCGUUAUGCUGAUGGUAGCCAUCUUUGCAGGGACCAUGCAACUUACCAAAGAUCAGGUGGUGUGUUUGCCAGUGUUGCCGUCGCCUGCAAAUUCAAAAGCGCACACACCACCCGGAAAUGCUGACAUCACCACCGAAGUCCCCAGGAUGGAAACAGCCACACACCAAGACCAAAACGGGCAGACGACAACGAAUGACGUUGCCUUUGGCACAUCCGCUGUGACCCCUGACAUACCUCUCCAAGCCACCCAUCCUCAUGCAGAGUCCACCCUUCCCAAUCAGGAGGCGAAGAAGGAGAAGAGAGACCCAACGGGCCGAAAAACCAACUUGGAUUUUCAGCAGUACGUAUUUAUCAAUCAGAUGUGUUACCAUCUGGCCCUCCCUUGGUACUCCAAGUACUUUCCAUACCUUGCCCUUAUACACACCAUCAUCCUUAUGGUCAGUAGCAACUUUUGGUUCAAAUAUCCCAAAACGUGCUCCAAGGUUGAGCAUUUUGUUUCAAUAUUAGGAAAGUGUUUCGAAUCUCCCUGGACAACUAAGGCGCUGUCAGAGACGGCCUGUGAAGACUCUGAGGAGAACAAGCAGCGGAUAACGGGCGCCCAGACCCUGCCGAAGCAUGUGUCCACCAGCAGCGAUGAGGGGAGCCCCAGCGCCAGCACCCCCAUGAUCAACAAAACUGGCUUCAAGUUCUCGGCUGAGAAACCGGUGAUCGAAGUUCCCAGCAUGACAAUCCUGGACAAGAAAGACGGGGAGCAGGCCAAAGCCCUGUUUGAGAAAGUAAGGAAAUUCCGUGCCCACGUGGAAGACAGUGACUUGAUCUAUAAGCUCUAUGUGGUCCAAACGCUCAUCAAAACUGCCAAGUUCAUUUUUAUCCUCUGCUACACUGCGAACUUUGUCAACGCCAUCAGCUUCGAGCACGUCUGCAAGCCAAAAGUCGAGCACCUCACGGGGUACGAGGUGUUCGAGUGCACUCACAAUAUGGCCUACAUGUUGAAAAAGCUGCUCAUCAGCUACAUCUCCAUCAUCUGCGUCUACGGCUUUAUCUGCCUCUACACUCUCUUCUGGCUAUUCAGGAUCCCUCUGAAGGAGUACUCGUUUGAGAAAGUCCGGGAGGAGAGCAGCUUCAGCGACAUCCCGGAUGUCAAGAACGACUUUGCGUUCCUUCUGCACAUGGUCGACCAGUACGACCAGCUCUAUUCCAAGCGUUUCGGUGUGUUCUUAUCCGAAGUCAGUGAGAACAAACUGAGGGAAAUCAGCCUGAACCAUGAGUGGACUUUCGAGAAACUCAGGCAGCACGUGUCCCGCAAUGCCCAGGAUAAGCAGGAGCUGCACCUCUUCAUGCUGUCCGGGGUGCCCGACGCUGUCUUUGACCUCACAGACCUGGAUGUGCUAAAACUUGAACUGAUCCCCGAAGCAAAAAUUCCUGCCAAGAUCUCUCAGAUGACUAACCUCCAAGAGCUCCACCUCUGCCACUGCCCUGCAAAGGUGGAACAGACUGCCUUUAGCUUCCUCCGAGAUCACUUGAGAUGCCUUCACGUGAAGUUCACGGAUGUGGCUGAAAUCCCCGCCUGGGUGUAUCUGCUUAAAAACCUGCGGGAGCUGUACUUGAUCGGCAAUUUGAACUCGGAAAACAAUAAGAUGAUCGGCCUCGAGUCGCUGCGAGAGCUGCGGCACCUUAAGAUCCUCCACGUGAAGAGUAAUCUAACCAAAGUCCCCUCUAACAUCACCGACGUGGCUCCGCACCUCACGAAGCUCGUCAUCCACAACGACGGGACCAAGCUCUUGGUCCUGAACAGCCUGAAGAAGAUGAUGAACGUGGCCGAGCUCGAGCUGCAGAACUGUGAGCUGGAGAGGAUCCCACACGCCAUCUUCAGCCUCUCUAAUCUGCAGGAGCUGGAUUUAAAGUCAAACAACAUCCGGACGAUCGAGGAGAUCAUCAGCUUCCAACAUCUGAAGCGACUGACUUGCUUAAAGCUGUGGCACAAUAAAAUUGUGGCCAUCCCACCCUCCAUUACCCAUGUCAAGAACCUGGAGUCCCUCUACUUCUCCAACAACAAGCUCGAGUCUUUACCGACGGCAGUGUUUAGUUUACAGAAACUCAGAUGCUUAGACGUCAGCUAUAACAACAUUUCCACGAUCCCCAUAGAGAUAGGUUUGCUCCAGAACCUGCAGCAUUUGCACAUCACAGGGAACAAGGUGGACAUUCUGCCAAAACAGUUGUUUAAGUGCGUGAAGUUGAGGACUUUGAACCUGGGGCAGAACUGUAUCGCCUCCCUGCCUGAGAAAAUCAGUCAGCUCACCCAGCUCACUCAGCUGGAGCUGAAGGGCAACUGCCUAGACCGCCUGCCAGCCCAGCUGGGCCAGUGUCGGAUGCUCAAGAAGAGCGGGCUUGUUGUAGAAGACCAACUGUUUGACACGCUGCCACUAGAAGUCAAAGAGGCAUUGAAUCAAGAUGUCAAUGUCCCCUUUGCAAACGGGAUUUGAACUAAGCGAAUGCAGGCACACCCACGUGCGGGGGGGACACCUUCCUAGAUUGCAGAUGCUCACUUGCAAGUUAUUACAAGAUAAUGCAUUUUAGGAGUAGAUAAGCCCUUUAAACAGGACACGAUGCAUAGAGGCUGGUAGCAGACGAAACCGAAUGUUCCAUGUUUGUAGCAUUUUCAGUCAUUCAUUUCCAGAUCUUUUCUUUUUGUGGGUUGUUUUUUUUUGGGGGGGGGGUGUUUCCUCUUCCUUCUCUUCUUCUUCCUCUUCCUCCUCCUCCUCCUCCUCCUUUUUCUGGGGAAAGGGAAGGAAAAAUCACAAUCACUGAUCUCAGUUCUUUUUAAAUUGUAAGUCGGAUGCGGCUGCUGGCUGAGUGUUUACACAUUGCUUGCCUGCUAAAGUAUAUGAUUAAACUGACUUUCUUCUUACUACAUUGCAGUUUUUUGGUUUUUUGGUUUUUUUCUUUCUUUCUUUCUUGAGGUGUCCUGAUUUAUUUUUGCUUAGCUGGUGCAAUAUUGCUUAACCUUGGAUCGUUGAAGACACAAGGGGCCAAACUCAUAAUCUUAGAUUUGCUAAAAUAUUGACUUCUUUACUGUUUUAACUUAAAGCAAGUGAGUGGAGCUUCCUGGAGCAUUUGAUGGUACUGUACCUCUGCGAAUCCCACAGCAGACUUUACAGUCUUGGCGGCCUGGAAUGAAGUAGAGCGUGUGGUGUGUCAAGACUCUUUGAUUGUUUCUUAAAACAAAUACUAAAAAUAAAAUAACACAUCCUUUAAUAGUCACUUUAUGUGCAUAGGCUGGAGUUUUGGUUAUACAUGGUACACUUUUGGGCCAAUAUAAUAGGAUUUCCAAUGAAUAGAAAAUGUGUUUUAAAAAUAAAUUUAUAACAAUAAAAUACGUUUAUCUAAA